GGUGAAUAAGCAUGCGCGUUUUUCUUACUAUGUAAAUGGCAAGAGGAUGAUGUUUUACAAAGAUUUGCAAGUGUUUUUCCAUUUUUUUACGGUUUUGUUAUACGUUUCCGGUGAAACAUUAAUGAGGAAAAAUGAAAAACGUACCAGCCUCAGAAACAAUUAUCAGAUGUGCCUCGACACUUUUAAGAUUCAAGAAGAUAAAAUUAUUCGAACGCAGGAAUCCUUAGACAUGGGUGCUAAAUAUUUGAAGGAAUUUGAGUUUAAUUCUAGAGAAGAAUGUUUAAAAUUCUGCUGUGAUACAGAAAGUUGUGACGUGUUUAUUUUUGAAGAGAAGAAUCCUGGAAGUUGUUAUCUUUUCCAAUGUGGCCCAUUGCAUGACUUCAAAUGUAAAUUUACAAGUCAUGCUAACUAUAGUAGUGCAGUUCGUAGUAGCUAUAGUACACAAAGCAAUUCACAACUGGAGAAGGAAAGUACGAUUUCUCAACAAGAACAUGAAUUGAAAUCUCUUAGGAAAUUAGCAGACCCAGCACCAGCAGAAUAUUCUUUCACAGAAUCCCCCAUGAAAUUAAUUGUAACAUUGGCACCAAAAUUAUCAUUAACAACAUCCCCACCUAUCAAACAGGUUUGUACUAAAAACCAAUAUGAAUGCAGCUUAUCUGGAGAUUGUAUAGCAAUAUAUAAUGUAUGUGAUGGUAUACCACAAUGUACUGAUGGAUCUGAUGAAGCAACAGAUGUAUGUCCCAUAGAAAAACCAACAAGUUUUCCUUCUAUAGCCCAAGGAGUUCAACCUCCACUACCAUACCAACAAAUGGUUGAUCGACAUAAACCCUAUGCUCCACUGUAUCCUCAUGUUUCAGAAGUUAAUUCUUGGAAAUUGCCUAAUUUAGCUCAGCAAAUGAUACCACCUCAGCUACUUCUAUAUCCAGCUCGUCAGAUGGAAGGUGCUCCAGGGUAUCAAUGGGAUUAUCAACCCAUAUAUGAUCGAAAUAAAGCCAUUUAUAAUUCUUAUCCUGAACAAAGCAAUCUAAAUCCUUCUGAACAUCAGUCACAUAUUUUCAAUCAUAAGGGAUUGGGUGUAAUAGGAGAAAAAGAAUCAGAUGGUAGUACAUAUAUGGAUGCAAAACAUCCAUACAAAACGUCGUAUUUCCUAUCAGCAAAUAGGCAAAACAAUCAGGUUUAUCUGUCUCCAUCUCCAAUAUCGAAUGUGCAACAGAAGCAAAUAAUGGAAACAGAAAAGGAUGUUAUUAUUACAACAACACCUGCUUGUGAUACAUCACAUGAACAAAAAGAUGUUUCAUUAAAAAGUCAAGAAAUCGGAAAAAUCGAUCAACAAGGGGAGAAACAUAUAGUACACGGAAAAGAAAUUAGUCAGAAUAUAUUAAAAAAUGAAACUCUGAAAUUUAGUCAUAUUCAAACAAAGGAAACAAAAGAACAUAAAAGUGUAAUAGUUAUAAAACAUCAUAGCAGAGAGCAUGGAAGAAAUACCUUAAUGGCAGAGCACUUGAAACAAGCAAAUGAAAAUGAAGUUUUGAGACCCAGGGGAGCAGUCAUAUCGUUGGCUUUAGGACUUACAAUAACAGCUAUUACAGCUACAUUAAUUGCUUGCCGAUUACGAGUCGUCCGAAGACGUGGAAGACGGCACGGACUAUAUGCUCAUGAUGCGGAUUAUUUAGUAAAUGGAAUGUAUCUCUAAGUGAGUAUACGAAUUUCUUUAGUCAAAGGAAUGUAGUGAUUUUCAUACUAUUUUAAGUAACAACACAAUAAAAAGUGUUUUGUCUUAGUAGUCUGAUUUUAAAACUAAUUAAAAAACGAAAAUGUUUUGAUUCAUAUUUAUUUUAUAUUUGUGAAAUUUGUUUCAUCAUCUUAUGUGCAAUAGAUAUUGUGUGAAAGUAAUUGUAUUAAAUUUGUGAAAAUUUGCUAUAAAAUUAUAAUUUUUACAACGAAUAUUUAAAGUAUUUUAUAAAAUAAAUUUUUGCUCGAGUAACUUACAUUUAUCAAAUUAGUAUCUUAAUUUGUAUAAUAAUAUUUGAUUUUUAAAAAAUAUUGACAAUAUAAAAAGAAAUCAAGAAUUUUCGAAUAGAAUGAAUUCUAUGAUAAAGCGCAACAUGAAAAUUUACUGUAUAAUUUGAAAAGGCUUUAAUAGAUUUAAUGGUGAAACUGUACACAAGCGAAUGUAAUACACAUGUAUCUUUAAUUCAGUGCAGCUGUGUUUGAAAAAAGAGAAAACUACCAGCUUAUAACAAAAUUAUAUUUAUAUAUAACUUUUACAAUCAUACAAUACAAAGGUAUAUACGAUUCUUAAUAAUAGAAUCACUGUUUUCAAGAUUAUAGUAACUAGCUAUUCUAAAAAAAUUGUUACUAUGUCGUUUUUAUAC